CGAGCAGGACAACUCUCGAGCAAGUAAUCUCUCUCGCGACAGCAAAACCCUAUCGCUUCGCUAGCAUCGCUGUCCGGCCUCUCGGUAGCUAAGAUGUCGCCCGCUCCGGUCGUGGAACCCGCCGAGCCCGUGACCGAGCAGGUCCCCGAGCCCGAGAAGAGGCCUCAGGACGACGAACCCAUUGUGGAGGACGUGAAGGACGACGACAAGGACGAGGAGGAGGACGACGAGGAUGACGACGACGAGGACGACGACGAUAAGGAAGAUGGGGCUCAAGGUGCAAAUGGGGGUUCGAAGCAGAGCAGAAGCGAGAAGAAGAGCCGCAAGGCUAUGUUGAAGCUUGGCAUGAAACCUGUAAGCGGUGUAAGCAGGGUCACCAUCAAAAGAACCAAGAAUGUCCUAUUCUUCAUCUCAAAUCCUGAUGUCUUCAAGAGCCCUCACUCUGAGACUUAUAUCAUAUUUGGGGAGGCGAAGAUUGAAGACUUGAGCUCACAACUGCAGACACAAGCUGCCCAGCAGUUCAGGAUGCCCGACAUGGGAUCUGUGAUGGGCAGGACAGACCCUUCAGCUGCAGCCUCAGCAGCACAGGCUGAUGAAGAAGAGGAAGAGAUCGAUGAGACUGGGGUUGAGCCUCGCGACAUUGACUUGGUGAUGACCCAGGCUGGAGUUUCGAGGAACAAGGCCGUGAAGGCUCUCAAGACGCACAAUGGGGACAUUGUUGGUGCUAUCAUGGAGCUUACUACCUAAACAUGCUCCAUCGGGGUUUGCUGCCUGGCCUUUUUGGUGAUGAGCUUUGAGAACUGUCUAGGUUAUCUGAGUUGGGAUUAUUUGCAGCAUUUAUUCACUUUCUCUAUCGGCUCUUUUAUUCUUGAACUUGUAGAAGAGAAAUUAAAACGAGGGCGUCUUGUCAACAAUCCACUCGUAUAACAUGGCCGGACCUUAUGCCUUUUUCAGCUUCU